CGCAAGCAACUGGAGAGUGGGGGGUGGGGGGCGCGCGUUGGAAUGAUGGCUGCCUGCCUCCGCCAGCCUUCCCACUUCAAACGGAGUAGACGUCCAUCGCCGUCAACGGUGGCCAAGGGGUUAACGAGGCGUUUCCGGACUUCCUAAUUGGCCGCUUAAUUGAGCGUUUGGCGCCUGCCGCCCCUCUUCCUUCUCCCUCUCCUCCUCCUCUUCCUCAUCUGUCUCCUUUUCUCCGUCUCUCUCUUUCUCUCCAUCUCGGCGUUUUUUACGUCUGCGUCACAACAAGUCGCAGGAGGAGGACGGAUGAAGAUGGCGUCUCCGGCGGCUUGACGGCAGCGAGGGCGUCCGGCCGGUCGGUCGGUCGGUCGGUCAGUCGGUCGACCGGGCGGGCGCGCGCACCCGCUGGCUCGAGGCCGAAAGAGAAGACGGCAAGCAAAAGGCGUCGGGCUUUUUCGCUGGCUUCCCAUCAUGCAGCGGCAGCAGCAGCAGGAGCCGGAGGAAGGAAGCGAUUAGCCAGGGAAGCUCGGCAUUUGGAGGAAUGGGGGGAGUUAGCGAGGGGGACGACGUGCUAGCCAGAUGGAGCGACGGGCUCCUCUACCUGGGCAACGUCAAACGGGUGGACGGUGUCAAGCGCUGCUGCCUGGUCAGAUUCGAGGACAACUCCGAGUUUUGGGUCCUGAGAAAAGACAUCCACUCCUUCACAGCCGGUGUGGAGGAAGUGUGUUGCAUCUGUGAGGCCCCGCCUCUUAAAGAGCCCCUCGUAAAUUGUCUGAAAUGUCGCCACGGUUAUCACGCCGAGUGCCACACGCCCUGCAUCGAGGUCCAUGAUGACGACGAAUCGUGGAUCUGUCGCCAGUGCGUCUUCGCCGUCGCCACAAAGAGAGGCGGCGCCAUUAAACGAGGCCGCUUCGCCCGCCUGAUGCACUUGAUGAAGCUGCGGCUGCCCUAUCAGCUGACGUCUUUGGACUGGGACGCGCAGCAUCUGUCCAAUCAGCAGCAGUGCUACUGCUACUGCGCUGGACCCGGAGAGUGGAACCUGAAGAUGCUUCAGUGUGGAAACUGCGGCCAGUGGUUCCACGAGGCCUGCACUCAGUGCCUGACCAAGCCUCUUCUCUACGGCGACAGGUUUUAUCAGUUCCAGUGCUCGGUGUGCAACAAAGGAGCGGAGACUGUCAAACGACUCCCCAUGAACUGGGUGGACUUGGCCCACUUGGUGCUGUACCACCUGUCUCUGUGCUGCAAGAGGAAGUAUUUUGAUUUCGACCACGAAAUCUUGUCCUUCACCAACGAAAACUGGGACUCCUUGCUCCUGGGCGCGCUGUCGGACACGCCGAGACAAGAGCGAUGCCAAAAGCUGCUGGACGCCCUCAACUCCCACAAGGACCGAUUCGUGUCCGGGAAAGAGAUCAAGAAGAAGAAGUGUCUUUUCGGGCUUCAGGUUCGAGCCCCGCCGCCGCCCACGUCCGAUUCUUCUCCUCUGGUCACCGAAACGCUACUCGACAUCUCCCACCGACGAAGCCCGUUGUCGCUCCCCUGCCAGAGGAGGUCGUCCGGGACCGAGUCACGCAAAUUAAAGCACCGCCUCAUGGAGACGCAGGUUUGUCCGCCCCCCGUUUCGUCCCAGCCCGUCCAGAUAAUGCCGUGCUGCCGCGGCUACGCCGGAGGAGACGGCCUAUUCGCCCCCGGGAACCCCGAAGAGGAGCUCCACCUCAGUCCACCCCCGAAGCGGAUGUACGCGCUAUACCACACGGCUUACGGCAGAAACACGGCGCUCUCCAGAGGACUCCAUCACGCCAACAGCACGGACGACGGCUGGAGAGUCCCGUACGUCACAGAUGCCGGUGAACACCCGGUGGGACAAAAGCAAGCUGAAUCCUCCCCGCCGGACGCAGUAACGUUGACAGACGCGGCCAGUGGCGCCGCGGGGGAGGACAACGCACUUCCCAGGAGCUGGGGCGGCGGCGAGGCGGUGAGGAUCCUGGCCCGACGGGUCACGCCGGACGGGAAGGUGCAGUACCUGGUGGAGUGGGACAACGUGGGCUUGUACUGAACUUUGACGGCCGUCUGUCCAAAAGAGACAAAACGUCCGUAUCGGUGCCGUCGGCGGCUCGGACGGCGAAGCGCUUGAUAUAAAACGUACUAAGGUUGAGGUGAGUGUCAGUCUUUUUAUGUUGUUUUACGCUACUUGCGAUCAACUACACAGCUAUUGUUUUAAAAAAAAAAGGGAAAAAAAAGUUUAAAAGAUUUUUUUUUUUUAAACGUAUUUUACCAUGAUUCUUUUUUUUUAAAUAAUGUAUUUAUUGUCAUAUAUUUAUUAUACCUAUUAUAAAAAAGUGAACAAAUGAUGUGUUUAUUUUUUUUGUGUUAAUUUAUAUUUUAUUCAAAUAGGUAUUCUUUAUUUAUGAUUAAUGUUCACAAUGAGUAAAUUUACAUGAUUACAAUUAUAUUUUUGUAUCACUUUUUUUUCCAAAUAGGUAUGAUUAUCAUUAUUUGUAAAAAAAAAUUUUUUUUUUAAUUUUGAAUGAUUUAUUCAUCUUUUGACAGUACAGUGAAGGAAAAUAUCUACAUUUUCAGGUUAAAACUUUAACUUCAAACUUCAAUUUAAGGCCUUUUAUUUCAUUUGCGAUACUAAACAAUUAGAAAAUAUUUGUUAUGUGCCAUAACCACUUAAUGUCUUUUUAAAUCCAUUUAAAAUAUAUUCAUUUCUGAAUGUAUUCAUAAAAAAUAUUUAAUGACACCAAAAUAAAAUACUAAUUACUCCUAUUAUAUAACAUAAAAUAAUCAUUAUUAAUUAGAAUUUAAAAGUUUAAUUAACUAAAAAACUCACUUAUUAGUGAUGUACAUGAUAUGUAUAUUU